ACUCACACCGCUCGGAGAUGAUGCACUCCAGGCUCCAGCAGGGACCCAGUGACCACUCACCAACUUCACACCCUGCUCCUAACUUUAGCCACCAGGCUCUGCAGGGUCCCACCCCAGUGCCAACCAGACCUGGGGACAUCUGGGCUGCCUGAGAGGAAAUCCUGCCUUUUGUUUCUGUCUUCACAGCCUGGGAAGGAAGUUUUGCAUCUGUCUGAGUGUGACAAGGGAAGGAGAGUCCAAGAGAUCUGUUAGCAACUAUGGACUACCCAGCUGGCUAGGAGCCCCUCAUAACCAGCUGGCAAGGAGACCUCAUCACCCAGUUGGACUGGAGCCCCCAACACCGGCUGACUAAAAGCCCCACAUACCCCCUGCUGCCAAUGAGCCCCAAAUACCCAGCUGCCUAAGAGCACAUCAUCACCCUGCUGGCUAGGACCCCUACAUACCCCUGCUGGCUCAUCACCCUGCUGGCUAGGACCCCUACAUACCCCUGCUGGCUCAUCACCCUGCUGGCUAGGACCCCUACAUACCCCUGCUGGCUAGGACCCCUACAUACCCCUGCUGGCUAGGACCCCUACAUACCCCUGCUGGCUAGGACCCCUACAUACCCCUGCUGGCUAGGACCCCUACAUACCCCUGCUGGCUAGGACCCCUACAUACCCCUGCUGGCUAGGACCCCUACAUACCCCUGCUGGCUAGGACCCCUACAUACCCCUGCUGGCUAGGACCCCUACAUACCCCUGCUGGCUAGGACACCUACAUACCCCUGCUGGCUUAUUACCCUGCUGGAACAUACACAGGAUAGUGAAGCGCAACAAGGAUAGAGAGACCUGGAUAAAUUCUCUGCAUUCUAUGUUCCUGUGAUGAUUAGCCACUCCUUUCAGGCAUGUAGAGGUGUGUCUCUUUCCACCAAUAGAGCAGUGGGUGUUGUCUCUAUCAGCCAGUGAGUAUUGAAUCCCAAGGAAAAAAACGUCACUCAAUCUCUAAGGAAAAUGACCCACACAUCAAUGUCUUCUGAAUGAAGGUGCUGGUGAAUUGUCACAUCAGAACAAACAGAGCAAGGGAACACUGACCAUUUGUCUGUGCCAUGGAUAAAUUACCCAUCAUGCCCAUGGAUUUGCGAGAUGUGCUGCGCUCUGUCAGAAUGAAGGCCAAAUAUGCACUUUUCCUGGGGUUUGUGGUGGUUCUUGUCAUCAUUGAAAAAGAAAACAAGAUCAUUUCAAAGGUUUCGGAUAAACUUAACCUAAAGCAAAUGCCCCAAAGCUUGUAUGAGGUGAACAGCACAGAUACUAAUGUUGUUUACUCAGAGAAUGGAUCAUUGCUGUCCCUUAGUGAAUUGGACUCUGCCUUCUCACAACUCAGGACACAGUUGGUGAAUGUGACUCUACAACUCGGAGGCAACAACCCAUUCCCUCAAGACUUUCCCAAAUCUCAACGUCGACAUAUUCUCCUUAUGGCCACCACACGUACAGGUUCAUCUUUUGUGGGUGAAUUCUUUAACCAACAAGGAAACAUCUUCUAUCUCUUUGAACCUCUUUGGCAUAUUGAAAGAACUGUAUCUUUUGAAUCUAUUGGGUCUAAUGCGGUGGGUUCAGCCAUCGUCUACAGGGAUGUCCUUCAACAGCUUCUUUUGUGUGAUCUUCACAUUUUGGAAAAUUUUAUCUCACCACCUCCUGAAAACCACCUCACUCGAUUUAUGUUUCGUAGAGGUUCCAGCAAAUCCUUAUGUGAAGAACCUGUCUGUACCCCAUUUGUCAAAAAAAUGUUUGAGAAGUAUCACUGCAAAAAUCGCAGAUGUGGUCCACUGAAUAUGACCUUAGCAAUGGAGGCAUGUAUGAAAAAAGACCAUAUAGCUAUUAAAGCAGUACGUAUCCAUCAACUGGAAUACCUGCGUACUCUUGUUGAAGACCCUCGUCUGGAUAUGAGGAUAAUACAGUUGGUGCGGGACCCAAGAGCUGUUCUGGCAUCUCGUAUGGUAGCAUUCUCAGGCAAAUAUGAGUCAUGGAAAAAAUGGGCACUGGAGGGAGCAGCUCCCAUUCGUGAAGAUGAAGUCCAAAAGUUAAGAGGCAACUGUGAGAGCAUCCGUACAUCUGCAGAGCUUGGCCUAAGGCAGCCAAGUUGGCUUCGUGGUCGCUACAUGUUGAUACGAUAUGAAGAUAUUGCGAGGUCCCCACUGCAAAAAGCCAAAGAGAUGUACAAGUUUGCAGGUGUUACCAUGACACCCCAGGUAGAGGAAUGGAUUAUCAAAAAUACCCAAGCCUCCCAAGACGGUAAUGGCAUCUACUCUACUCAAAAAAACUCUUCUGAGCAGUUUGACAAAUGGCGCUUGAGCAUACCCUACAAAUUAGCUCAAGUGGUGCAGGAUGUCUGUAAGCCAGGAAUGGAAUUAUUUGGUUAUAAGCUGGCUAAUGAUGCAGAAAUGCUAACAAACCGUUCCAUUAGCUUGCUAGAAGAAAGGGUUAACUUCUGGGUUACGUAAUAUUAUUCUAUUUAACUUAUUUAUAUGUUUGAGUGAAAAAAAAACUGCCAUUGAAAAAAGUGCUUGAAACAGAGAGAUGGGAAGGACAAUUUUGCAACUGCUGAGCCGCAAUGUACCAUCUUAAAAAUGCCAUAGUGCAUUUUCUAUUCAUUUACUUCCUAAAUUAGGAAGGUUUGUUCAUUCUGCAGUGUCAGGAAGAUAUUGAAAGGCUGGUUUCUAUAUUUUGUCUAAAAGGAGAUGGUUCCUGCUGAUUUAUAAAAACAAAACUAAAAACCUGACUACUCAGCUAUACGUAUUACUGACCAGAGAGAACCCAGUGUCUUUUUUUAUUAUCUAAGAUGCAUUUCCCAAAUACACACUAAGAUUAAGAUUUCUGCACUAAGAACAGACCCAAAGAGACAAAUAAAUUAUAGGGCUUUUUUGUGUACAAAAAAACUUUAAUAUUCAGCUAAAAAUGCCGGACAGUCAAGCUUUACCAUUUAAAAGCACAAACUUUAGCAUGAUUCUGAGGAUAAAAUUGUUUCCAAGAAAACAUAUGUUGCUUGACCUACAGGGACCCUAAAUCAGUAAUGAUACUUCUAAACCUUGUAUGUUUUACAUAUAUAACACACUGAAUGGGCUGUGCACAUUUGAAUGCAAUGCAUUUGAACAGGAGUGUGCACGCACCAUUUCUGCACUUGAAAAUAAAAAUAAGGCAAAACUGCAAUAGCCAAUCCUCAACACUCCAAGCUGCACCAAGGAAAAUAUUGUGUCUUACUCUAGGCCUCUGGUCUGCUAUUUAAUUCGUUCUACUUCCUAAAUGAUCCCUAAAAAGUUAGUUAUGAUUCUGCAUGUGAAUGCAAAUGAUAGUCUAAAGCAAGAUUUAGCUUGUGGCUUUGAAAGGCUCCACCUGGUUUCUCAGCACCAGUUUUUCUAACACUUCAUAAAGUGGAAGCAGACCUCUCACCUGUCCCCACAGCGAGACUGUAAAUAGAUAAUGAACCCUUUCUAGUAUGGCUGCUUUUAGAGGGGGGUAGAGGGCAGCUGGACUAGCCCAAACAUUUAUAAUUGCUUCAUUGCAGUCAUUUAAUGUUAUUAGUGUUGGGUUAUUUUGUGGCUUAGUAUAUACAGUUACUGACAAUGGGUUCAUUAAGUGUAAACUGAAUUUGACUGCCUUUCUCUCUGGAAGAAAAGGGUUAAAUCUAUUGAAUAGAGGUUUACAAAAAACAGCUGCCCCAAACCUAAUGAAAUCUAAAAGCAGUGCCACCUCUAGUCUGGUUGUUUCUUGUGUUUUUUUCUUAAUAUAUAUACAUAUUAUGUGUUAAUUGGAGGUGCACUAAUUCAUUUAUUUAUUUAUAAACAUGCAAAAUAAAAUACAAUAUAACUAUACAAA